GUUGAUGGUAAGAGGUGAUAGUAAGAGCGGCAGUGAUUGGUUGACCCUGGCUGUCCGCUCCUGGGCGGGAGCUGCUGGGAGCGGAGGCCGCGAGUGGGGGCCCAGCGGAGUGGAGGGGUAGCAAGAUGGCGGCAGAGACGGUGGAGCUGCAUAAACUGAAGCUUGCUGAACUAAAGCAGGAAUGUCUUGCUCGUGGUUUGGAGACCAAGGGAAUAAAACAAGAUCUCAUCAACAGGCUCCAGGCCUAUCUUGAAGAGCAUGCUGAAGAGGAGGCAAAUGAAGAAGACGUACUAGGAGAUGAAACAGAGGAAGAAGAACCAAAGACCAUAGAACUGCCUGUUAAAGAGGAAGAACCCCCUGAAAAAACUGUUGAUGUGGCAGCAGAAAAGAAAGUGGUAAAAAUUACAUCUGAAAUAUCACAGACUGAGAGAAUGCAGAAGAGAGCUGAAAGAUUCAAUGUACCUGUGAGUUUGGAGAGUAAGAAAGCUGCCCGGGCAGCUAGAUUUGGAAUUUCUUCAGUUCCCUCAAAAGGCCUGUCAUCUGACACCAAGCCUGUGGUUAAUUUGGACAAGCUAAAGGAAAGAGCCCAAAGAUUUGGUUUGAAUGUCUCUUCAAUCUCCAGAAAGUCUGAAGAUGACGAGAAGCUGAAAAAGAGGAAGGAGCGAUUUGGAAUUGUCACAAGUUCAGCUGGAACAGGAACCACAGAGGAUACAGAGGCAAAGAAGAGGAAAAGAGCAGAGCGCUUUGGGAUUGCCUGAUGAGAAACUCUUAAUGCUUUCUGUUCUUCAGUGGUUUCCAUCUCUGACUCUUCUUGGUCACAUAUAUACCUAAAUACACAGUCUUGUGCCUAGGUGCUGCCUCACAAUGAGAGAGCAUGUACCCCAGGUACAUCCAUGAACUAAGCAGCAGUUUGACUUACUGCUGUUCCAACUUUAAGGUUGUUGUUUUGUUUUGUUUUUUAAUUAUUAUUUUGCUUGUUAAUAAAAGUCAUUAGAAAAGA